AUGAUCGCGAAGGUAACUGUGUUGCUGCUGGUGGUGGUGAUGGUGGGGGAGGCUGUCGCUGAAGACUACGAUCGCUACUCCCCACCAGCACAUCACUCACGCUACGAACAGGAAGGCAUGCCAUACAACUUCCAGUAUGACGUCAAGGACGACUACUCCGGCAAUGACUUUGGGCAAAACGAACAAUCUGAUGGAGACACUGUCUCAGGCUCCUACACCGUCCAGCUCCCAGACGGCCGCAAACAGACGGUGACUUACGUUUCCAAGGACGACUACGGGUAUCAGGCGGAGGUCAAGUAUGAGGGCGAAGCCCAGUACCCCCAAGAGUACGGUCCCCCCAUCACUUUCAAGCCCCAGUACCAGCCAUCAUACUAUCCACAGCCACCAUACCAGCCCCAGCCCUCAUACAAGCCCCAGCCCUCGUACAAGCCCCAGCCCUCGUACAAGCCCCAGCCCUCGUACAAGCCCCAGCUCUCGUACAAGCCCCAGCCCUCGUACAAGCCCCAGCCCUCGUACAAGCCCCAGCCCUCGUACAAGCCCCAGCCCUCGUACAAGCCCCAGUCCUCGUACAAGCCCCAGCCCUCGUACAAGCCCCAGCCCUCAUACAAGCCCCAGCCCUCAUACCCAACAAAGUCUUUAUACAAUCCUCGACCCUCAUACCCAACCAAGCCUUUAUACAAUCCUCAGCCCUCAUACCAGCCCCAGCCUUCAUACGAUUCUGGGGAACAUUACGAAUAG